GGGCUGCCGCGGCCCCGCCGGCUCGGGGUGCUGGGCGGGCUGCGCUGCACCUAAGAAGGUGCCGCGUCUCUGCGCCAUGGGGAGGCCGAGCGGCAGCGGGCGGCUACACUGAGGUGGCGGCAUCGAGCGGCACUUUCGAGGGGAAACCCCACUCCGGGACCUGCAAGGCCGGGGGGAUGUUACGGUGGAUCCGCCAGCAGCUGGGUUUUGACCCACCACAUCAGAGUGAUACAAGAACUAUUUACAUAGCAAAUCGUUUCCCCCAGAAUGGCCAUUAUGUUCCUCAGAAAUUUGCAGACAACAGAAUCAUAUCAUCUAAGUAUACGGUGUGGAAUUUUAUUCCGAAAAAUUUAUUUGAGCAGUUCAGAAGAGUAGCCAAUUUUUAUUUUCUUAUUAUAUUUUUGGUUCAGCUUAUGAUAGAUACACCUACCAGUCCUAUUACAAGUGGAUUGCCAUUAUUCUUUGUCAUAACUGUAACAGCCAUAAAACAGGGUUAUGAAGACUGGUUACGACACAAAGCAGACAAUGAAGUAAAUGGAGCUCCAGUUUAUGUUGUUCGAAGUGGUGGCCUUGUAAAAACUAGAUCAAAAAACAUUAGGGUGGGUGAUAUUGUCAGAAUAGCCAAAGAUGAAACUUUCCCUGUUGACCUUGUACUUCUGUCCUCUGAUAGAGUGGAUGGUUCGUGUCAUGUUACUACUGCUAGCUUGGAUGGAGAAACUAAUCUUAAGACUCAUGUUGCAGUCCCAGAAACAGCAGUAUUACAGUCAGUUGCCAACCUGGACACACUCGUAGCUGUUGUAGAAUGUCAGCAGCCAGAAGCAGACCUAUACAGAUUUGUUGGGAGAAUAACUAUAAGUCAUCAAAUUGAGGAAAUUGUACGACCUCUUGGGCCUGAAAGUCUUUUACUUCGAGGAGCAAGAUUAAAAAAUGCGAAAGAAAUUUUUGGUGUUGCUGUGUAUACGGGUAUGGAGACAAAGAUGGCAUUAAAUUACAAGAGUAAAUCUCAGAAACGAUCAGCAGUAGAAAAGUCUAUGAACUCAUUUUUGAUUAUCUAUCUAAUAAUCCUCCUUUUUGAAGCAGUCCUGAGUACAAUCUUAAAAUAUGCCUGGCAAGCUGAAGAAAAAUGGGAUGAACCUUGGUAUGACCAGAAAACUGAACAUGAAAGAAACAGCAGUAAGAUUCUGAGAUUUAUUUCAGAUUUUCUUGCUUUUCUGGUACUUUACAAUUUUAUCAUACCUAUUUCACUUUAUGUGACCGUUGAGAUGCAGAAAUUUCUUGGAUCUUUUUUUAUUGGCUGGGAUCUUGACCUCUAUCAUGAAGAAACAAACCAGAGAGCACAAGUAAAUACUUCAGAUCUCAAUGAGGAAUUGGGACAGGUGGAGUAUGUGUUCACAGAUAAGACUGGUACAUUAACUGAAAAUGAAAUGCAGUUUCGGGAAUGCUCUAUUAAUGGCAUCAAAUACCAAGAGAUCAAUGGCAAACUAGUUCCAGAGGGGCUGACUGAGGAUUCCCCAGAUGGAAUUAGACAGAGUCUUAUGAAAGAGGAAGAGCUCUUCUUGAAAGCAGUCUGUCUCUGUCACACGGUGCAUAUCAGUGCAGAUCAAACUGAUGGCAUUGGUGAUGGACACUGGCAUGCCAAUGGAAUAGUGUCUCAGCUGGAGUACUAUGCUUCCUCUCCAGAUGAGAAGGCGUUAGUUGAAGCUGCUAGCAGAGUUGGUGUUGUAUUUACUGGAACUAAUGGGGAAGGCAUGGAAGUGAAAAGCCUUGGAAAACCAGAAAGGUAUAAAUUACUUCAUGUUUUGGAGUUUGAUCCAAAUCGUAGACGAAUGAGUGUCAUUGUAGAGAGUCCUUCUGGAGAAAAGCUCCUAUUCACAAAAGGCGCAGAAUCGUCCAUUCUUCCUCACAGUAGAGGUGGAGAAAUAGACAAAACAAGGAUUCACGUAGAUGAAUUUGCUUUGAAAGGGUUAAGAACUUUAUGUGUAGCCUAUAGAAGAUUCACAGCUGAGGAGUAUCAGGAAAUAGACAGACGCCUUCAUGAGGCUAGAACUGCCUUACAGCAACGAGAAGAACGACUGGCAGAUGUAUUCAACUUCAUAGAAAAGGAUCUGGAAUUACUUGGGGCUACAGGAGUAGAAGACAAACUCCAAGAUAAAGUCCAAGAAACCAUAGAGGCACUCAGAUUGGCUGGUAUCAAAGUGUGGGUGCUAACUGGAGAUAAGCAUGAAACAGCUGUUAGUGUGAGUUUAUCAUGUGGACACUUCCAUAGAACCAUGAACAUCCUUGAACUUGUACAACACAAAUCAGACAGUACAUGUGCAGAGCAGCUGAGGCAGCUAGCCAGGAGAAUAAAGGAUGAUCAUGUAAUCCAACAUGGGCUGGUUGUGGAUGGGACCAGCCUCUCUCUUGCACUCAGGGAACAUGAAAAACUGUUCAUGGAAGUUUGUAGAAGUUGUUCUGCAGUUCUGUGUUGCCGCAUGGCACCCCUGCAAAAAGCAAAGGUAGUACGACUGUUAAAAACAUCUCCAGAGAAACCUAUAACAUUAGCCAUUGGUGAUGGGGCUAAUGAUGUAAGCAUGAUACAAGAAGCGCAUGUUGGCAUAGGAAUCAUGGGGAAAGAAGGAAGGCAAGCUGUAAGAAACAGUGACUAUGCAAUAGCAAGGUUUAAAUUCCUCUCCAAGUUGCUUCUUGUUCAUGGUCACUUUUACUAUAUUAGGAUAGCAACCCUUGUACAGUACUUUUUUUAUAAGAAUGUAUGCUUUAUUACACCACAAUUUUUAUAUCAGUUCUUUUGUUUGUUUUCACAACAAACGCUCUAUGACAGUGUGUACCUGACUUUAUACAACAUUAGUUUCACUUCUUUGCCUGUUCUGAUGUACAGUCUUUUUGAACAGCACGUUCACCCCCAUGUGUUACAGAGCAAGCCAGCACUCUAUAGAGACAUUAGGAAAAAUGCGCUCUUGAGCUUUAAACCGUUUCUUUACUGGACCAUUUUGGGGUUCUCUCAUGCAUUUGUUUUCUUCUACGGCUCCUAUCUUCUGAUGGGAGAAGACACUUCUCUGCUGGGAAAUGGCCAGAUGUUUGGAAACUGGACUUUUGGUACCUUGGUCUUUACUGUUAUGGUUAUAACUGUUACAGUGAAGAUGGCUUUAGAGACUCAUUUCUGGACUUGGAUAAAUCAUUUUGUUACCUGGGGCUCCAUUGUGUUUUAUUUUCUAUUUUCCUUGUUUUAUGGGGGAAUUAUCUGGCCAUUUUUGCAUACGCAGGACAUGUACUUUGUAUUUGUUCAGUUGCUGUCAAGUGGUUCCGCUUGGUUUGCCAUAAUCGUCAUAGUUGUCACUUGUUUGUGUGUUGAUAUUGUGAAGAAAGUGCUGUGCAGACAUCUACAACCAACAAGUACUGAAAAAGCUCAGCUUACUGAGACAAGUUCAGGUAUCAACUGCUUGGACUCCAUGUGCUGCUUCUCAGAUGGGGAAACAGCAUGCGCAUCUGUUAGAAGAAUGUUGGAACGACUAAUGGGAAGAUGUAGUCCAACCCGGGUCAACAGGUGUGGAAUUUCUCUCAAUAGCCUUUGCUGCAGACGAUUCUCCUAUAAACUGGAACCUGAUGAGCCUGCAGCUAUAGAUGUCUAGCAAACCAGUUGCAGGUUUUGUGUAAUUAACAGGAAAUGCUAUUCUUUAUAGUACUUUUUUGUUCCUAAAAGAUCCGUUUCUUGCUUACUGGGAGUGCUUUUGUUAGAAAAAGGAAGAAAACGGUUUUUCAAGAAACAGAACUCUCUUCAAACUUUGUUUGGUCUUUCUAGUAUGAGAUCUUGUGUUGUAUAUAUGGUAUUUUCUCUGGGUUUGUACAUCCUUCUGUUUAGAAAAACAAACCUCACUGUGCUCAUUGUUUUCCUGAUCCAGCUUUUUGCCUUCAUGAAUCAAGCGUUAUUUGUAAAGUCAAAAGGCUUUUCCUUUGAUACUUAAUGUAUGUCCUCCAAAUAGUCAUGGAUUAGCUUGAGUUACUUCUAAAGAUAUACAAAAGGGUUGCAUUUCCCCCAGACAAUAACUCCAUCAUUAAAAGGUAAGUCUUUAGACUUUUCAUCCAUUGGUGGUUACUAAAAUUAAAUAUUUUUUGUAAUAAAACUUUUAUACUCUAUUUCUAGAAACGAGCUAAUUUACAAAACAAAACCUUCAGAUUAACUUAGUUUGAAGGAUUUUUCUGUUUGUAUCAAAAAUGUCAGCGAAAUCAUGAGUGCCAUUCAAAACUAUGUGCUAAAUAUCUUCUUGAAUCUCCCCAUUUCAAAAAAACUCAAAGAACUAGGUAACAAAUUUGGGGGUAAAAAUAAAAAACCUUUUGUAUAUCUUAGUCUGUCUUUUGCUGAAUGAUAUCGUAGUACUCCAUUAUUCAAAAGCCAAACCUGGAAAAAAAAUUGCACUUCUCACAUUUACAUGGCGUUUUCUUUAAUAUGUGAGCAACUCUCUCUUUUUAAGUUAAAGGAUGUGGUAUCAUUCAUACAUCUUGUAUGGGUAAUUUAUACUGACAUGCUUUGUCAGUUCUGAUUUUUACCUUUAGGUGUUGACUUGGUAUGUGGUACAUUUCAGUUUCAAAUUCUUGUGUUAACACAGUGUCUGUGAUUCUAAUCAUCUUCUUUAUUCUGACUUGCUUAUGAAAUUUUGUUAGUUAUUUCCAUAAAUCUAGGGUAUAAUUAUGCAAAAAUAUCCUAUUCUGUAUAAGAAGGAACUGUUUAUGAUCAAGUAAAUUUUUUUAAUCAAAACUCUUGCUGUAUAGUAAGCAGGCAUGAUGUGUAAAAUAAACAAUUGAAUAGAA